GAGUUGACGUCAUAUGAUAUGAAGUUUUCGUCAGGAAGCGGAACCAUAAAAGUUGUGUCACCCUCGCCUUUGUUGUGAUAAACCAUACGUUUUGUCGUCUGAACUCGGCGUUUAAGGAAACCCACCACAACAUCAAAGACUGAUUCCACUAUGAAUCUUGAACGUAUUCCCAAUGAGGAGAAACUUAGCCUUUGUAGAAGAUACUAUCUAGGUGGUUUUGCAUUCCUCCCCUUUCUCUGGCUGGUUAAUGUGGUGUGGUUUCUCAAAGAGGCCUUUUUAAAGCCUGCUUACACAGAACAACCGCAGAUUAAAUCCUACGUAAAGAAGUCCGCAUUGGGGCUCUUACUGUGGGUGGCCGUGCUGACGACGUGGAUCACCAUAUUCCAACAUUUCAGAGCAAGGUGGGGGGAGGUGGGCGAUUACCUCUCCUUCACCAUUCCACUCGGGACAGCCUGAUGAGAUGGCACUGCAUUAAAAUACCUUUUUUUUUUUUUUUUUUUUUUUUUUUUUUUUUAUUCUUUCUAUUUUUCUCCUCUGAUUGACAAGAUGCUCCCUGGCUAUUUUUACCACUGUCGUUGCAUACAAGAUAAACUGGAUCAGUCUGGGAGUUGUUGUAUUUUAUGAACUCAUGAAUUCAUUUGUUGGUUGAGUGAGAUAUUAUGGACACAUGCACUAUGCUAAAGCGCAAGCAAUUUUAUUUCCUACACUACUUAAUAAAAUACCUGUUCCCUCUCUUUUUUUACUUUUACAUUUUAGCCGGAAUGUGUAUUAUGUUAUAACUGAGAUAACACCAAUAGUAUGACCAAUGCUGAUCAUGACCUCUUAAUGCAUUGAAGAGAAUGUAUUAAAAUAAUAAACUUCAGGCCAGGCAGGGCCAUCCAAAAUAAAGUCUUUGAACUAUAUAUUUAAGUCAGUUGAUUUGACAUGUAAUUUUACUGUGCGCAAUGAAAAAUUGAGCCAUUCAUUUAUUUUUCUUUGGCUGAGCAGCAAAGAACAGAUUUGACCAAUAAAUAUGAAAUUAUCUGUU